GGGCGGGACAACGGCGCGCGCCGCGCGCUGGUUGGGCCGCUUCACCGCCUCAGUUGCCGCCGCUUCCGCCACUUCGGCCACGCCCCCCGCCCCCCCCCGAGUCGCCCCGCCCACUUCGACUUUGGCGCAUGCGGAGGGAUACAUCGGCCUCGCAGACCUCGUGCAGCCAUGGAGUCUCUGCUGGUCCCGGCGAUGCGUUCCUGCGUGGCCGCCAGUCGUCGCUGGUGGCGUCGCUGGUGGCCCUCUGCGUGUUCGCCGGCCACGAGCUGUUCACCGUCGUGGCGACGGCUUGCCCCUGCUCGCCGGGGCGGAACCCGGCCCUGGCCGGCCUGUCCGCCCUCGGCCCCGCGCUCCUCCUGCUCCUCGCGGGGCUCGCCGUCAACAACCACACUCAGCGGUCGCUCGCGGUACGGUCCGGCGGGUGUCUCGCUAGCGUAGACUAG